AUCGACUGCUCAGAGCAAGAGGGUUACAACUCAAAAUUUUCGAUGUUUUAGUUAUUGUACUUAUGGGAAUGCUUGUAUCGAGUUCUAUCUUAUGUAUAAAGGUUAUAUCUCUAAAUGGCUUAUUAUGGCUCUGGGACGUACAUAUAACAGUUUUGCAAUAUGCUAAUACACUCUGUUAUUGAAUUCAAGAGGGUUACAUUUUGAGUUGUAACAGUUUUCAGCUUUCAAUUAAUUGCAUUCUUGGUGAAAGAAAGUUGCAUAUAAAGUUGCAACUCUUUUGCAUUCUAAAUCUAUCUAUCUAUAUAACCCAAAGACCACUGAUGGAAUAAUAGAAUAAUAGAAGAUGACUUCCGGGGAAAACAUGAAAGCAGAAAAAAAAACUGAUGAGGAAAUACUGAAGAAUGUCAAAGAACACAUACUGUCUUUUGAACGUGUUGAAUCACACUAUUGUAGAAGAAAUUCAACCAAACAGUAUUUAGAUGGCAGCUUAAACAUUAGUGAAAUGUAUCGGCUAUACACAGACUAUUGCAGAGAAAAAGAAUUACCACUUGCUAAAAAACACAUUUACUCAACGGUAUUUCAUUCACUUAAUCUUUCAUUUCAUCAGCCGAAAAAAGAUCAGUGUUGUAUAUGUACUGGAUAUAAGAACAGUACAGAUACAGAGAAAUUACAAUUGCAGGACAAUUAUAACACACAUAUAAAAGAAAAAGAAAUGUCAAGAGCUGAAAAGACUAAGGACAUUGAAGCAGCAAAACAGGAUACAAAUAAAAUUGCUUGCUGCUUUGAUCUCCAAGCAGUUCUCCCUUCACCUUGUGGUGAGUGCUCUUCCUUAUACUACAAAAGGAAACUCUCAUGUUACAACUUUACAAUUUAUGAUAUUUCAAACAGUAAGGGCCACUGUUAUUUUUGGCAUGAAGGCUUGGCCAAACGAGGUUCAAAUGAAAUUGGAACAUGCCUCUAUAAGUUCAUUACUUCAUUGCCCAAUACAGUUAAUGAAGUAGUUUUGUUUUCAGAUAAUUGUGCAGGGCAGAACAAGAAUAAAUUCAUUGCUUCAUUACUUUUAUACUGUGUAAAUAAUAUAGACCAUAUUAACACUAUUACUCACAAAUUUCUCAUUCAAGGGCACACACAGAAUGAGAAUGAUUCAAUGCAUUCCACCAUUGAGCGUGAAAAACGAAGAGUUGUUAAAGGUGGGACAAUAACACUACCUGCUCAAUGGGUACCAGUACUGAAAUUAGCCAAGAAAAAAGGCAGCGUUUAUAAUGUGACUGAACUAGAUACAGCAGAUAUCUUCAAUUUGAAAGACUUAUCACAACAAAUGGGAAACAAUUUCUCCAAAAAUGAAAAUAAUAAUUUAGUGAAUUGGCCCAAUAUUAAGAUCAUUAAGGUCAUGAAACAAGAUCCUUAUACCAUCUUCUACAAGCACUCAUAUGCGCAAGAGGAUUUUGAAAAGUUAAACAUUCGACAAAGAAUGAGAGGUAGAUCUGCCAAAGUCAUGCUGCACCCAGCUUAUUCUUCACCACCAGGGAUAGAUGCUGGAAAGAAGAAAGAUUUGCUGGACUUGUGUAAAAGUGGUGUCAUUCCAAGCGUGCAUGCAUCAUUUUAUAAUUCUCUGAAAGUUUCCAGUAGUGUUGAAAAAGACUGAUCUCUAAUUUGCUUGAUAAAACCAUAGCACAAUUAGUGAUACUUUUUUAAUGGCUGUGUUAAUUUUUUGUGAACUUUCUUACUUUUGUUUUUAUUGUUUGUCAUGUUUGAACAACAUGGGUCUCAUAAAACCAGAAUGUAACAUUACAUUUUUCUGUUCUGUUAAAAUAAAUACUGUAACUUUAUAUAAAAUGUAUAUUAUUAUGUAAUGGCAAACAGCUGUUCUAAGUAAAAAAGAAUGGCAAACAGUUGUAACUGAGAAAACAAUAAAGACAUUUUGAAUGCAAAACUGUUGCAACUCAAAAAAUAUGUAAUAAUAUAACAGAGAAAAUACAUUU